AAACGCUUCAACUGGGAAGAAAGUGAUUGACAAGAACGACGAGUAAAAGAGAUUCGAAAGGUUUUGAACAAGAUAUUAAGAUGGGUGAUAGUGCACAGACCAAGAUUAGUGAAGCGAGCGAACUACAGAAUUUAUGGAAUCAGCUGAUUCAAAAUUUCAAAUUAGAUGAGCUUCACAAAAAUGAGACUGUUCUAUUGAAAAUAGAGGAUGAGACGCUGAACCUGAUUUUAAACUCAGGAAAUACAUACAAAGCCGAGAAACGAAUGUUCAGUGAAAUUCAAUGGAGAAUGCUCACUGAUUGGUGCAAAAGUAAAAUAAUAGAAGAUAUUCAUCCGAUAAUGCCAAGGAAACUUCCCAAAAUCUCAGACAGCGAAUCAAUAGAAAAUAUGAGUGAUAAUGAAGAAGAGACAAAGUCAGAUGAGGACAAAGAGGGGGAAAUAGAAGAAGCGAAAGUACAAGAAAAUAAAGAUGAGUUAAAUAGAAGUGAUGAGACAAUGGAUGAGAAAAUGGCUAGAUUUUGGGAACAACUAAAACAACAAACACUGAAAGAAAGAAUUGAUCGACAAGAGAAUAAGAUAAGCGAAUUGACUAGAUUAGUGACAAAAUUGUGUAAUGUGUCAAUACAAUCAAUAAUCCAACAGACAAAAAUUACAAAUUUAAUUAUACAACAGUUGAAUAAUAUAGAAGAAGAGAAGAAACAAAAUCAACCAAUGGUAGAUUUAAUCCAAUUGGUCAGAGAUGAUUGUGCCCAACAAGGUUUUAAAUUAAAUAAAAUAGUUGAGUCUAUAGUGGAAGUGCAAAAGAAAAUGCUAACAAUCAAUAAGCAGGUAAAUAUAGAAAAAACUUCUUCUUCGUUUGAUGAUGAGACGGCACACGGAAAUAUAAAAAUUAAAUUAUUUAAAUUCAAAAAAUUCAAAUAGUAAAGAAGAAAAUAAAGAAAACAAGAAACACUAAAAGUAGAAAACAAUAAUAAAGUUAGAAGUUAUGAAAAUUCUCCUGGGGCCGUGUCUCUAUCUGAUGAAGAAAAGCGAGAUGCGUUUAAUAAUAAUGUUCAGAUACAACAUGAUGAGUUAAAAAUGUUUGUUAUGCAGGAUGAGCCGGCUAGAAACCAAACGAGUGAGAUAAAAGUUAUAAAAGCGCCUAACUAUGUGAAAAAAGGAACGGCGAGGUGAUAUGAAUGCCAGAGUUGGGGACACAUAGCCCUUAACUGCUCAAAUAAAGGGAAAGGCAUUUUAUGCUACAAAUGCAAUACAUUUGGCAAACAUAUUGCCACCAAUUGUCCGGACGAGCCUUCCACUUCUAAUAGCUCACAAGGAAGAGGAGACAAAAGCAAAUGAAACACCCACGACAGUAGCAAAAAGGGGUAGAAAUGGGUGUCCAAAAGUUGACAGCAAAGAAAAAAAAACAGAACGAUGAAAACAAAAAAGGGUACUAAUUAAUUCGAAUAAAUAUUAUGGAAGUAUAAGGAUGCGAACAGGAGGGAGUGUUAGAAAAUGAGUGUUUCCGACACUGAACAGAGAAAGAUUACGUUACUUUGUGUUAGAUGCGCUGCUGUGUUGCGCGCCAGUUACCUGCUUACUUGG